AUGGCUGUUGACAAGUAUUCCGCACCUAAUAAUACGGUUAAAAGACCCCCUCAGAAAGCCUUUAAGGAGAUAGAAGAUGAGUACAUUCUAGAGGUUAUUCCUGUAGGUACCUUGGCGGCUGUUCCAGCUGCUAUGCCAUCCAUGGACAUUGAUUCUUCUAAUGUUAAUUGUGAUAUUGAGGCGUAUCUAAACUCUAACAAGAUCGUUAGUGGUAUUAAUAAAUAUAACCUUCGACAUUGUUCUAACCUGGAAAGAUGGUUGUGUAAUAUCUCUACCUGGAAGAAUCUCCUUCAAACUAUCGGCCAAAAAAGGGCCAAGGAUUACAGAUUUGUUGAAAAACAGUUAAAUACCAAUCUACAAAUUGCUGAGAGUAACAUUCAGGACAAUCCUGCUGACCUCGAUCGGUUAUCUCAUGUUAUGGUUGCUAAAGACGCCCUUAGAAUCCACCAGCAAAUUAAGAUUAGGGGUGCUAAGAUUAGAUCCAGGGCUCAUUGGCUCCAAGUUGGAGACAGAGGGUCAAAAUUUUUCUUUAACCUUCUUAAGCACAAACAUUGUAAAGAAGCUAUAGAUAAGCUCUCAAUAGACAAUCAGGAUGUUUCCGAUCCUUAUGCUAUCUCUAAUGCCUUUGCUGACUUUUACAAAAUCCUGUUCUCUUCGGAAGAUUCGUUGGAGGCUGAAGUCUGUAGGGAUAAGUGUAAAGCUUUAAUUCCUGGCAAGCUUGAUUCUAAAGAUAUCUCUAAUUUAUCUAAAUCCAUCUCCAUUGUUGAGGUUGAGGCUGCGGUUAAAGCCCUUAGCAACGACAAAGCCCCAGGCCCGGACGGUUUUCCGGUGGAAUUUUAUAAGUCUAAUCUAAGCUGGAUUAGUAAGGACCUUCUUGAUCUUUAUAAUGAGGCCAUUUCUAAUGGCUCUCUUGGCCCAGAUAUUAAUCAAGGUAUUAUCAAACUGCUUCCAAAAGAUGGCAACAAGGCUCUUAUCAAAAACUGGAGACCUAUAACCUUGCUUAAUGUCUCCUAUAAAGUUCUUGCGAAGAUUCUUGCUCUUAGAUUAGUCGAUAUCCUGCCUAAGUUCAUUGGUCCCUCCCAAACUGGUUUUAUUAAGGGCAGGUACAUACUGGAGAAUCUUAUCACCAGCUGGGAAGCCAUGGACUGGGCUAAAAAUUCUCACCAGAACACUGCCAUGUUGCUUCUUGAUUUUGAGAAGGCCUAUGACAAAGUCGAAUGGAAAUUUAUUCUGAUGAUGUUGGAAGCAUUUGGCUUUCCUCCUUAUUUUUGUCUUGCUGUUCAAACUCUUCUUAAGGACGCCUCUGCGCAUAUUGAAGUUAAUGGAGUUCUUUCCCCCUCAUUUCCGCUCGGUAGAUCUAUCAGGCAGGGUUGCCCUCUGGCCCCUGCCCUUUUUGUCAUAGCCUCUGAAGCCCUGUACUAUAUCCUCAGAGACUCCUCCUUGUCCCUCGAGGUCAGAGGUAUAUUUCUUCCCAACGAUGAAGAGCUUAUUAAUUGCCAGUUUGCUGAUGAUACGGCUCUGUUUUUUGAGCUUACUAAAAAUAAUUUUAAAAAUCUGCAAGGAAAGCUUGAUGUUUUCUGUUCUGCUUCCGGUGCUCGUAUUUCUCAUGCCAAGUCAAUUUGUCUUGGUUGGGACGAGCACCCCCUGAGUGGUUUGUUAAUUCCGGAUUUCAAUGGGGAGGCCCUAACAAAACUGUCAAAUAUCUUGGUAUCCCCUUUUCUGUGGAGCCUACCCUUAAGAAUAUGUGGCUCUGGAUUAAAGAGAAGAUUCUCAAUAAGCUUAAUAAAUGGCAUAAUAGAACUCUUUCUUUGGCUGGCAGGAUUCAAGUCUGUCAGAAAAUUUUGUCUUCUUACAGUAUUUAUUAUUCUUCAGCUUGGUUGUUCAGUAAUUAUUAGAUUCAAGAAAUUCAAAGUGCCAUCAGAACCUUUCUCUGGUCUGAUGGUAAAGGAAACAAAAAGCAGCAUGCUGUUAAAUGGGCCUGGUUCUGUGGUCUUCAAAUCAAUAUGGAAGGCCUGGGAACAUGUUAGGGAUCAUAUCUCCAACAAGGACUAUUACUUCAAUGAUCAACUCCACGGAGAAAGAUCUAUUUGGUGGAAUUUGGUCAUCAAUGGGAAGCCCCUUGCUUUAUCCCAAGGAUGCUCUGCCAGAUCCUGGGCUAAAAAAGGGAUAAGUCAAUUUGUGGAUUUGUUUGAGGAUGGUCUCCUCCCCUCGUGGGAUACCAUUAAGACCAAAUAUGACAUUCCUGACUCUCAGAAGAAAACUUACAAUAUGAUCCUUCAAGCUGCUAGAGAUCUCCCGUCUUUAUGCCAUGUUGAUUCUCUUAGACAUCUUAAUUGCAAGUGGUCGGGGGGAGUUGUUAUGGCUAGCCUCAAGGCCAAGAACAUCUACUCUGUUAUUAAUCAAACUAAUGAUAUUAUUGUUCAUGUGAACUCUAUCUGGUAUUCUUCCUUUGAUACUAAGAUGUGGAAUAAGUUGUUUCAGUAUUUAUGGAGAAGUCCUAUUGAGCCAAAAAUUAACUGUUUUAAAUGGCUUGUUCUGCUUGAUAAGCUUCCUGUUAAAAGCUUUAAUUCUGAUUCUGACUUGUGUAGCAUUUGUAGACUCCCAGAAACUGGGAGACAUAUUCUUUUCGAUUGUUUAUUUGCUAAAGAAAUUUGGAGUAUGUUUGGUGUUAUCUAUCCUAUUACUGUGAGCAUUCUUGACAUGAUUAUUGGUUAUAUAUCUGGUCUUCCUAAAGAUUCGAAUCUUUUUUGGAAUAUACUGUCCUCUAACAUUCUUUGGCAGAUAUGGAAAUGCAGGAACGAAGAGAAGUACCAAGGUAAGCCAAGGGCUCUUAUUGAGUUUUUCAGGAAACUCACAUAUUUUAAAAUCUUUCUGCAGGUUCAAGUCACCAUGAUGAUAGAGAGAAAGAAGUUGGAAAGAUUUCUCAAGACUGGUCACACGUCCUUCUACUACUAUGAGCUGAAAAAUGGAUACCUUUGGCGGAGAACGUUGGAAGAUCUUCACGCCUUUGACCAAGCUUGUGACAAGCUCAGGAAAGAAAUCAGGAAAAAUGCAAAUCCCAGGAUGGAAGAGCUCUCCUUGCUGUCUCAGGUUCAAGCGCAUAAGAAUAUAAUCUGGAUGGAAGGCCCCCAAGGCUGGACUGCCUGGGUCGAUGAUUUUUAUGAUAUUCUUCACUAG